AUGGUAUUCCGGAAAUUUAAGCCACAAAAACAAUGGGGAAAGAUGGAUACAAGGAUAUUUAAAAAUAUUCUGGCAGCAAGGAAUAAACGGAAAAUGCCAUCAUUUAUAAUUUCUUCAGCCGUACGGGAGGCAGGAUUCAAAAUAUAUGAUCCCAAUGAUCCAAACUUCUUUGCAACAGAAGAACGAGAAUUACCAGUCAUUUCUCAUCCUGCCCACAAAAUACCACAACUUCAUCAACAUCCGCUUUAUAAAUCAGUUGAGUGCUCUCUUUUUGAUGGUACUGUAGCAUUUACUGAUGGGAUUGACCAGGCUUGCUCUCUGUCGAAGGCAGUAAAAAGGAUUGGUUUUCCGGAAAGCAUUUUAAAUUUGGCUUCAAAAAUACCAUUGCCUGAACAUUUCGAGAAUCAUUUAAGUGAUUGUAUAAUGCAUGGAGAGCGAUAUGAUCCAACGUUGGAAAAAUUGCCACGUCUUUUUGAUCCUGUUAUAUUUUGGACAAAUUAUUUUCCAUAUCGUGUACAUGGUACUCCAUUGUUAACAAGAGGGAAAAUAAUUUUGGAUAAUCUAUUUCGCACUGCACAUCUUAUGGCUUUACAACAUUCACAGUUAUUAAACCUUAGAUAUGACCGUGAUGAACCAUUAAGUGCAAUGUUACAAGUUGAUAAUGUGGAAAAUAAAAUUCCAUUCGUCCUUCGUUCAGAACCUCACAUCAUUGUUCAAUCUUCAGAACCUAUCAAACCGUGGACGAAAGCUGCUGGAUUAAGUAAUAUAAAGAUACCAGACACAGCGCCGAUCAAUCCUCGAAUCGAUCUCACUUCGGACCACAUCUAUAACGAUAGUGUGGUACUACCACGAGCUAAAGAGAAUCUUUUUAUUGAUACGGUGUUGUGGUAUCAUGAACAAAACCAAAAAUAUCCUUGGACAAUCGAACAAUUAGGUGCUAAGGCGAUAAUGGUAUGUUUCGGUGCGGCAGUAGCACAAGCAACACGACAUGGUCAGUCCAAUUUUGAAACUCUCAUAGAUCAACCAGUGGUUACACGUGCUGUACAACUUGUCAACGGUCGAUUGGAUUUAGUUGUGUUCCAGUUGAAUACGCUUGAUUUAGGAUCGAAUAGUCGAUUUAAAAAUAUUGUUUGGAUUGAACCGGGUCUUCAACUGUAUAAAUGUGGGAAGUUUACGGAAAAUCUCGAUGCCAUAAAAGAUUUAAAUAUGGAUACUUUUAGGAAAUUUAUGGCUUUAUUAUUGGUGAGGUGA